AUGAUCAGCAAAGCAUUCCCAGACAUCACCAUGCACGUGUCAUUGCUCGUUGCUGGCCUCGCCAUCGGGGCAUCCGCAUCGCCGGUGCUGAAAAGACAGGACGUGGGCGAAUCAACUGACUCUCGCUUACGCACCGUUGACGCCCUCUGGGAUGGACAAUGUUUUUAUCCCGAAAGCGACGACGAUUUCGACCUUGAAGAUUACCUAGGUCGUUGGUAUCAAGUCGCUGGAACAGUGGCUCCGUUCACUGAAGGUUGCACAUGCAUCUUCGCCGAGUACAGUCUAAAUGAGGAGAACAACACCGUCAACGUCUUCAAUGGGUGCCAGCUAGGGGAUCAGAAUAUUGAGAUUCGUGGAAAUGCCGCCCCUGCCGACGAAGUGUAUGGCGAUGAAGGCGUCUUCCUUGUCCAGUUCCCUGGACAGCCACCGCCAGAGUGUCCCGGCCCCAAUUAUAUCGUUCAAGAAUUCGACGACGAUGACGAGAACUGGGCAAUCGUCCAAUCAUCAAAUUUUACCACGCUGUUCUUGUUAAGUAGGGACCAGCAUCCAUCGGAUAGCGACAUCGAGAAUUGGCUUGAACGGGCAGGGAGGAUGGGUUCGAAUCUGACUGAGGUGGUGAGGACGAAUCAAACUGGAUGCUUGUUCACCUAG